AUGGUGGGACUCUCACUUGUCGUGUCGCUCGUGGCGGCCGCUGCGUCCGCCUUGGCCGCAGAUGCUCAGGACGAUAAAGUUGUCAAGACGAUCGUUCCCGGCGCGUACAUUUUCGAACUGGAGGCCGGCCAUGACCCUGCUGCUUUCGAGCAGACGGUUGGCAAGGAUGGUACGACCCGAAUGAAGCUCGACUAUGAGUUGUUCAAGGGCGUCUCGGUUCAAUUGCACGACGUCGACAAGGCUCACGAAAAGGCAGCCAAGCUGGCCGAUACACCGGCUGUCAAGGCUGUGUACCCGGUCCAGCUCUUCAACAUGCCCAAGCCCAAAGUCGAAUGGAUUGCCCAGGACGGCACCAAGGCGCCGGGUGGUCUCCUUUCCUCGAGGGCUGAUGAUGGCGCUGACACGUUUUCCCCUCAUGUCAUGACACAGGUGGACAAGCUCCGUGCAAAGGGAAUUACCGGCAAGGGCGUUAAGAUUGCCGUUGUUGAUACUGGUAUUGAUUACAAACACCCAGCUUUGGGUGGCUGCUUCGGCGAAGGCUGCCUGGUCGCCUUCGGAACAGACUUGGUCGGCGAUGCCUAUGACGGCUUCAACACGCCUCACCCUGAUCCCGACCCCAUGGACUGUGGUGGCCACGGUUCGCACGUUGCCGGCAUCGUCGCCGCCCAGCCCAACACGUACGGGUUCACUGGUGCCGCUCCUGGCGCGACCUUGGGGGCCUACCGUGUGUUUGGCUGCAAGGGUCAGGCUGGUAACGAUGUCCUGAUUGCAGCUUUCAACCAGGCUUAUCAGGAUGGUGCCAACAUCAUCACGGCAUCUAUUGGCGGGCCUAGCGGUUGGUCUGAGGAUCCAUGGGCUGAGGCUGUCUCCCGAAUCGUUGAUAAGGGCGUGCCUUGUACUGUUUCUGCGGGCAAUGAAGGUGCAGAAGGCAUCUUCUAUGCUAGCACUGCCGCCAACGGCCGUCGCGUCUCAGCCAUUGCUUCGUAUGACAAUGUCCAGACCCCUACUCUCAUCUACAGCUCCCAAUAUCAGGUAGACGGCGAUGCCGAUACCAAGUUUGGCUACGUCCCUUCUGAUCCUGCUAGCUGGGACGGCGUCACGCUGCCGGCAUGGUCCAACAGCCUCGACCCUACAAUCCCCGACGAUGGCUGCGACGCUUUCCCGGCCAACACGCCUGAUCUCAGCAAGUAUGUUGUUCUGAUCCGCCGGGGCUCUUGCUCUUUUGCGCAAAAGGUCAACAACGCCGUGGCCAAGGGUGCCAAGUACGUGAUUGUUUACAACAACAAUGCUGUCGGUGCCAUUCCGAUGGACCUUACGGGAGUCCCUGCUGGUUCCAUCAAGGCAGCAUCGAUGAUUGACGGCACGACUGGUGCAACAUUCAUCAAUGCUCUCAAGGAUGGCAAAAAGCUUACACUGAAGAUGGUGAGUCCUCAGAAGACGGACUCAGAGGUCAGCACUUCCAACAACACCGUUACUGGCGGCGCUCUGAGCACAUUUACCAGUUGGGGCCCGACUUGGGAAAUGGAUACUAAGCCUCAGUUUGGUGCUGUUGGCGGUAAUAUUCUUUCCACUUAUCCCCGAGCCUUGGGUAGUUAUGCUGUUCUCUCCGGAACAUCUAUGUCCUGCCCUCAGACUGCUGGUAUCAUCGCUCUGAUCCACGAGGUCCGCGGUACUUACGACCCUGAGCUGAUUCAGAAUUUGCUUUCUGCCAACGCUAACCCACAGCUGUUUAAUGACGGCACCAAAUUUUACGAUUUCUUGGCUCCCGUUCCGCAGCAAGGCGGUGGUCUAGUCCAGGCAUAUGAUGCAGCCUAUGCCACCACUCUUCUUUCGCCUUCCAGCUUGUCAUUCAACGACACGGACCACUUUGUCGAGACGCUCAGCUUUAAGCUUCAGAAUACCGACAGUAAGGGGAUUACUUACAAGAUCACCCAUACUCCCGCCAUGACGAUGUAUGCGUUGGGUGACGGUUCGCCCAGUGUUCAGCAGUUCCCGAAUGUGGCGGUCCAAGCCGUUGCCACUAUCAAGCUCAGCGAAACCAGCGUUACCCUCAACGGUGGCCAGUCCAAGUCUAUCAGUGUUUCCCCUACCCCCCCUCAGGGGCUGGAUGCCAAACGCCUUGCUCUUUGGUCUGGUUACAUUGUCAUUAACGGCACCGAUGGCACGUCUCUGUCUCUCCCCUACCAGGGACUUACCGGCUCCCUGCACAAUUCUGCGGUCCUAGGUGCUAAUAACACCUGGAUCUCCAAGUCGACCGACAAAAAGUCCAACCCGGUUCCGCCCAACUCGACUUUUGUGAUCCCCGCGCCGGGCAACGCCGGCUCCAACGACACUCUUCCCCAGCUCACUGUCGAAUUGUACCUUGGCUCUCGAAAGAUCCGCGCUGACAUUGUGCCUCUGACGACGUGCCCUCCUAAGAACUUGACGACUGAAUUCCAGGGCAUCAAGACUAUUGGCCAGCCGUACAACUUCCCUGCCCUCUGGGGAACUCGUGGUCUCAAUACCUUCCCCUGGGACGGACGUCUUGACUCUGGCAAUUACGCUCCUCCUGGCAAGUACAAGUUUGUUGUGCGUGCCCUGAGGAUCUUUGGCGACGAGAAGAAGAAGGACGAUUGGGACGUUAGCACGUCACCGGCUUUGCACAUUAAAUAUCAAUAA